AGAUAUGUACUGGGAAACUUCCGUGAUAUUUUGCCGUCUUUCAUCCCCAGGGGUGAUACCACUCCAAACCCUCAUUCUUGGGGAUAGAAGCGGCCUUCGCUCAUCUCUCGCUGUACGGAUGGACCACGAUAUUAAGAGCAUUCGCAGACCCCUUGCCCCUCACACCACGCAAGACGUGCCGUACAGACCGAGUAUGAAUUACAAGCUUCUGUCCAAGCCGCCAUCAUUGCCCCACCGAGUCAAGGCCGAGAUCCUCAGGCGAGAGGCGGCAAGAAUUAAAGAGAUGAAUUUCAAAGCGCGUGACACGGCCUACUAUUUGGAAGAUGCAGUUGGGAUAUUUACUCGUCUAAGAAAGGGCGCAGAAACGAGGGCAAGGAUGGAACAAUGCCUGAUAACCCAGCCACCGGUGAGGGGUUCUUGCCAACAUACCGACAAAGCACCUACAAAAAAUGUUCCGAUUCGAGACCGGUCGUACACUGAUCCCGGCACACUGAGGCUUGUGGGAAGACGCGACAUGGGGGCAUUCCUUCAGCGGAAACUAACGCGUAUGAAGACAUACGACGGAUCGCGUUUUGUCAGACAAAGAGUUGGGGCAGCAAAUGAAGACACUGGAAUGAUCAAGCAAGAGGAAUUUGCACAUAUGAAAGUGUUAGAGGUUAAAACAGCAGUCACGGAGGAGAAGGAGAAAGAGAAGGAGAAGGAGAAGAGAGAUCCACUGCAGGGUUGCCAUGACAAUGACCGCUAUGUGGAGGCUAUAAACAAGCAAGAAGUCACAGGAGUUGAUAGAGGCGAAGAGAUUACAGCCGAAUACGAGGAUCGUCAUCUCGGGUUAAGGCGUACAAGCACGCUGCUUUCUAAUCGCAAUUGCAGGUCUGGUGUUUCUCUUCAUGAAUUUAACGAGGAAGACCAGGAAACGGUUCGGGAAGAAGCAAAUAUGAGUCGAGCAGAAACGAGGAUGAGCCGUGCCAGCACGAGGAUGGCCCGAGAAGAUACGAAAUUGAGCCGAGCAGAAACGAGGAUGAGCCGUGCCAGCACGAGGAUGGCCCGAGAAGAUACGAAAUUGAGCCGAGAAGACACGAGGAUGAGCCGUGCCAGCACGAGGAUGGCCCGAGAAGAUACGAAAUUGUGCCGAGAAGACACGGGAGUGGGUCAAGACGAAACUGAGAUCGGCCACGAAAAUGCUGGAAUGAGGGGCCAAUCUCCGGCUAGCAGCGGGCCAGCCAAUAUCCCUAUUGUUAACUGGGGCGGCAGUCCUAGGCGACGGAUGUCUCUGGCUGUGAGUGCUCUCAUGGGGAGGGACCCUUAUCAGCUAACGUCCAAAUCUCAACGACGGAAGUCAGUAGCCGCUACAGGUUCCGAUAGGGGCCCACGAUCACCUUGCCUAUUCCCGGGGCUAGCCGAAAGCAACGAGUUGACAAGUAGAGCCAAUGGAGAAACGGGCCAAGACGUUGUCAAUGAAGAAGAGGAGAUCAACAAGGGAACAUCAAAAAAAACGCUAAACGGACAGAGACGAAAAAGUUCGGUUAGUUUGAGCACAACAAAGCUCCAGGAGUUGAUCACAGAAAAGAUUAUUAACCAGGUGACGCAGAGAAGGAACAGUAUAUCUUCUAAUCAGAAAACAUUUAUGCUGAAGAAAUACGAGCGCAUGCUCAAAACAGAGCUUGGGACAAUUGAAACUGCUCCCGAAUGCGACUCUCCAGACUUCGGCAACACGCCAUUUAUGCGUCCGAUGCGACGACUCAGCUCCGAAGAUGGGCCGAACAAUGAUGGGUCGCUGCGAAGGGGAUCCGAAUAUCAUUCUAGUUUGAUUCAAAUGCAGAAUCAGGCGAGUCGUUUGCAGAAGACGUUUGACUUUGAGGAGAUCGAGGAGGAGAAUGUUGAGGUUAUUAUGCAGACAAAAAAGCAGGACCCGGGAUCUUUUACUGGGGCUGGAUCGGUGAGAAAGAAGAAAAAGAAGCCCGUGAAGAAACUGGAAAGUAGUUCAUGAAGGGAAAACUCAAGUGAUCGAGGUAGAUGUAAGACGGAUGAUAGCAAAUAAUCCGGCUGAACAGAAAUAUAGAACCGGUUAGAUAGGUUACUCAAGUUGAACAAGAUUUAAGGAGUAGCUGGUCAUUCAGGCUGAACAGGAAUACAGCCCAACCAUUUGCCUUUUACUGUAAGCACAGAAUUUUAGGGGACCAUUCGGCGGGGCCCUAUUAGGGGAAGGUGUGCUGAGCUGUCCCCUUUAUACUACUAGUCUUUUACAGUUUUAUCACUAUAAAGCAGUCGACCUCCCAACAGUGAUAGGAUGGCCGCUUGAUGGAGGUAUCCAAAUACAGUACUUUAGAAAUAAUUAGCUUUUACUGGACAUUGCGAGCUGGUGAAGAAAGUGCUGGCCACCGGUGCCAUUGUAUAUUCAAACAAACUAAUAUAAUGUGACGGAUUUUAGGCUGUGCCUGUACAAAUUAAAAACGAUAAUAAGGGUAUCAAUGACUGAACAAAAACUGCCUAGUCUGCUUCGCAGCCGUCAUGACCUGUCACACAAGCCGUCAUGACCUGUCACACAAGCUGUCAUGACCUGUCACACAAGUUGGCUACGACAGAUACUACGACGGCUUUAAAGAGGGCUAGUUUACAACAACAAUUAGUGUACAAGGAUAGAAAAAAGUGUAUUUACUCGUCCUUUUUUGUAGAAUUACAUUAAUUUGGAAUUUCAUUAUACACCUGUUUCAAUGAAGGUUGCACCCGUGAAUCAAUGUAUCGUAGCCCGCAGUGGUUCAUGGGUAACGAAUAAAUGGCUUAAUCCUGAUCUCUGAACCGACCGUUUAGAGGUUCGUAACCAAGAAUGUAAAAGCUUUCUUAAAGCCGCAUUGUCACCAGUUUACUUUCGGAGGUCCGACGGAAACCUCAACAGU